CUUUUUAAAUGCUAUUCGUUGUCAGCUUCGUCGCUGAGAAUCUUCCGAGCUUACGGUCCUCGUACGCCCGUAUAAAUUAGCCAUACCGUUUCCUUCUCUUUCUCCUCUGUUUCACAUAGAGAGAGAGGGUAGGGCAUGGAAGGGGAUGUUCAGUCCGGAGACACGAGGCCUCGGCUGAGGUGGACGCCCGACCUCCAUGGCCGCUUCGUCGACGCCGUCGCCAAGCUCGGUGGAGCAGACAAAGCAACGCCGAAAUCUGUGCUUAGAUUGAUGGGCAUCAAGGGGUUGACGUUGUACCAUCUCAAAAGCCACCUGCAGAAAUACAGACUGGGAAGACAAUCUCGAGGAGAGCAGGCAGGGAUCGAAAUCAACAAGGGAAGCAAGAACUCAACUUGGAGCAAUAACUGCUCUUCCGACGCAUGCAGCAGCGUUUCUGGGCGAGAAGACGUCGGAGACAUGAGAAUCGCCGAGGCAUUACGGUACCAAUUGGAUGUUCAAAGAAGGCUGAACGAUCAACUUGAGGUACAAAAGAAACUGCAGUCGAGAAUUGAAGCUCAAGGCAGAUACUUGCAAGCAUUACUAGAGAAAGCCCUCACCACCAUCUCGUUGGAUAUGAAAGCCACUGCUGGUUUAGAAGCCAUCAUCGCCUCUUCUCAGUCCCAGCUCCAAGCGGACCACGAGCUGAAUCCAAAAUUAGGCGAUGGAGGAGGAUUCAAGAGGAGGGUUUCGGGUUUCCAGCUCUACCGGGAGGGGCAGCGGGAGGAAGUUGGAGAGGCGAAGCCGCUGGACCUGAAUGCGAAAGGAGGAAGCAGCUGCGAACUGUUUGGUGGAGGAAGAGGAAGCGAUUUAACUCUGCAAAUUUGAAGAGAAAACAACUGAUCGAUCGAUCGAUCGUAUCGUCUUAGUUAAGAAGCCGGAUUAAAUAUAUAGUUGUUUUUUCUUGCACGAGAAAAGAAAUUUGAAAGUAUUUGCAUUUGUAAGCA